GCCGGCAGAUCCGGGGCACGGCCCGAGUGCGGCGGGACCGGGAGUGCGGUGGCACCGGCGCGUCCGCGGCGGCUGCAGGGCGGAGCGGGGCCGGGGAACGCUGCGAGGCCGGGGCACCGCUUCGCCCCGGGAGCCGCUUGCCCUGGUGUGACGGGUCGAGGCGGGAGAUGUCCACUCCGCCCCUGGCCGGGGCAGGGAUGCCGCCGGGCGCCUUCUCCGGGACCCAGGCUCAGGCUGCCCGCGAGGUGAACACGGCUUCGCUCUGCCGCAUCGGCCAGGAGACCGUGCAGGACAUCGUCUUCCGAACCAUGGAAAUCUUCCAGCUACUGAGGAACAUGCAGUUACCAAAUGGUGUUACUUAUCAUACUGCAACAUAUCAAGACAGACUGGCAAAGCUGCAGGAACAUCUCCGCCAGCUAUCAAUACUCUUCAGAAAACUGAGAUUAGUCUAUGACAAAUGUAAUGAAAACUGUGCUGGGCUCGAUCCUGUUCCCAUAGAACAACUUAUUCCAUAUGUUGAAGAAGAUGGCUCCAAGCAUGAUGAUCGUGGUGCUGCAAGUCAGCUUCGUUUUGCUACUGAAGAGAGAAGGGAAAUCAUGGAAGUUAAUAAGAAACUGAAACAGAAGAAUCAGCAGCUGAAGCAGAUCAUGGAUCAGUUACGAAAUCUUAUUUGGGACAUAAAUGCCAUGUUGGCAAUGAGGAACUGAACAAGGAAAAUCAAUCUUUGUACCUGAAGAAGAUACAAAUCUGUUUGGAUAUACUUAACUUCCUUCUAAGAAGUAACAUCUUUUUCCACAAUUAUAUUGCAGUAAUGUUUGAAAAGUCUCAAAGAUUAAAAUGUUGGGUUUUUUUCUAGUAAUGUAAAUGGUUUUGGGUUUGUUUUUAUAGAAGAUUCAUUGUGUAAGUUUUACCUCUGUGAUUCUACUUACAGCCUCAGUAAUUUACUGUAGUAGUUUGGAUUCCUAUGCAGAAAGGGGGUUUAUAAAUUAAGUGUUUCUGAAUUUUCUUUAUAAUACAAUUAAAAAUUAUAAAAACGUA